GAAGCGUCAGUCCUGUAGGACUGCUGGAGGCGGCCGCAGCGCCAUGUUGAACGAAGCCAUCCUACUCAGUGGACAGAUACUCGUGAAAUAGCAGUUGUAAACUCAAGUAUUAUUAAUUUUAGAAAGGGCACGUCGUCAAGAUCGCCCUGGCAAGCAGAGACGAACUGGAUCCUCGGAAACCCCGACCGGGGAGGGGGAACAGCCCCCCUACCUUCAGCAAUGAAGAUAAACCACAAUAAGCGCUAGCUAGCUAACGUUAGCUUGCUGCUCCAUCAAUAAGCUAGCCAGCCUGUUAGCUAGCUAGCUAAAGCUUUCUGUCUAGCUAGCCUUUCCGCCACCGGCAAAACUUGCUUGUAAAAGGCCUGAUCUUGACGCAACUUGCUUGACUAGCUGUAUUUUAUGCGCGUUAUUUUUUUAAGCUACUAGUUAUAAAUAGCUAGUUAUUGAUUACUGUAAAUAUCUAGGUAUAAUUAGAUUUUUUGGCAAUGAGUUUACCGCCGAAAGCGGUGCCGAAGCCAGCCGCUGUCGCUGGUACCGGACCUGGAACCGGGCCGCCCCCCUCGACCCAGCUGCGGGCUCCCCUGGCCACAGUACCGCUGCCGGGGCCCCCGGUAGCCCAACAGCCUCCUCCGGUACCACCAACGCAGAUCCCCAGAGUGCAGCCACCCUUGGAUGAACGAAUCUUCUCCACACAGCCUGGUGUCACUGCCGUCUACAGUGUACAGAGACCCCCUGGCCCCCCCUACACAGCACAUGAAAUCAGCAAGGGACACCCCAGCCUAGCGGCCACGCCGCCAGGCCACGCCUCUUCCCCUGGACUUUCUCAGGUAUCAGUUUCCACAGUAUCCACUCCGCAUCUGUAUGGCCACCCUAAAGGCUGGGAGGCAGGAGGAGGGUCUCCGUACACGGCGGGCCAGAAUGCCGGCACGACUCCUCUGGUCUACUCUCCUCCAACGCAACAAAUGAACGCCCAGCCUCAGAGCCGCCCGUUUGCCCCUGGGCCUCGUCCUACCCAUCACCAGUUUUUCCAGAGGACUCAGAUGCAGGCAGCCCGACCCACCAUUUCAAGCAACAGCCCUUCAAUUAGGCCUGCCUCCCAGGCCCCAGCUGCCACCGUCUACCCCCCAAGUCAGCCCAUCAUGAUGUCCAUGACGCCUAUGCCUUUCCCCUCACCUCAGACUGCCCAAUACUACAUACCCCAGUACCGUCACAGUGCUCCUCCAUAUGUGGGGCCUCCCCAACAGUACUCAGUCCAACCUGCUGGACCCAGUACUUUCUACCCUGGACCCACUCCAGGAGAUUUCCCUCCAGCAUAUGCGGCGGGGCCUCCAUACUAUCCUGGCCAGACCAUGUACACACCAUCUCCAUCCAUAAUAGUGCCUACACCACAACAACCUCCACCUGCCAAGAGAGAGAAGAAAACCAUCCGCAUCCGAGACCCUAACCAGGGUGGCAAAGACAUCACAGAGGAGAUCAUGUCAGGAGUGGGCGGGAGCCGGAACCCAACCCCUCCAGCGGGACGGCCAUCCUCCACCCCUACUCCUCCACAGCAGCUGAACAGCCAGAUUGCGGAACAUGGGCACGUUAUGUACAGUGUGGACAGCACCCAAGUCCUCCCUGCUCCUGUCGACUUGAAACCAGGCACCCACAACAUAGUUUCAAAAAGUUCCUGUCGCAAGACACCUGAUCAAGCCCCUCAACUGAUUACUGACCCUACAUGCAUUGGAUCAGAUGACAAGCCAAAGCUUGAGGGUGCAGUGCUGAAGUCUUCAUCGCCGGGGCUACGGCCUGGGGAGCCUCCUGCACAGAGGCGAGAGCCCAGCAGCCCUGCCCCUGCCGCUCCCGCAGCUGCUGUUCCUGUCCUGGCCCCUGCCCCUGUCCUUGCAGCUUCCCCUGCCCAAGACCUGCAUCUCUCUGAGAAAUCUGAGCUUCCUCCCUCAGGCCCAGAACUGGCCCCCAGUGUAGCUCCAGCCUCAGUUCCAGCCCCAAGCUCCUCCAAGCCUACUGCCUCAGCUUUGGAGGCAGCGGAUCCCCCAGCCCCUUCAGUGGAGCCUAGCUCUGUGCGCGCCAUUACACCAGAGCCAGAGAAACUAGAGCCCGAGCGAGCCCCUUCCGAGUUGACUUUAUCUUCAGGCCAGACCGUAAAGGCUGUCAAUGGGCUGGCCGAAACGGACGCCACACCUCCCUCUGAAGAUGUAGAUAUUCAGCCCUCUCAGCCUAGCCAGACUCCCGAACUACAGCCUGCUCAGCUCAGCCUUCCCCGGCCCCAGCCAGUCAGCUCGGAGCCCAACCUUGUCGCACCUGCAGUGAAGGCUGUAAGUCCUGCAGCUGGAGAGACAGUCACUUCAGGCAUUGUGACCCCCUCCCUGCCUGCCGCUGCCACCACUACUGCUGCUGCUGUUUGUACUGUGCCUGGACCUGCUCCUUCUCCAAGCCUCAUUCUCCCAGGCCAGGGAGCUGCAGAGACAGGCCCAGUCAGGAGAGCCUCAACCGGGCCAGAGCCGAGAGAAACCGAAAAGGAGGCAGAUGUCUCAGUAGAGGAAAAACUGGAGCCCACAUUACAGUCCAACCUUAGAUCAAGUUCCAGUCAAGCUGCGUCUAGUGUACCAAAGACCUGGAAGAAGCCAAAAGAGGACUCUUCUGUGGGGCAAGCCCAGUGUCCUGACAAAGAGGAGAAGCUGGAGCCAGCUGAAGAGGCUGCAGUGGAGCACUCUGUCCCUCCUUCUGUGGGUGUGGAGCGGUGGAGCUCGACAGCAGCACCUGUGGAGGAGAAUGGGGAGCAGGAGGUGGAGCCUCUGAGGAACGGACCAGAGCACACCUCAGAGCCUGAGAGCAGUGAUGGAGUCCUCACACCUGCACUCAAAGAGCCUUCUACCAACGCAAUACAAAAGCCAGAACUGAAGAAUGGGAAGAGGCAGUAUAAUAGAGACUUUCUGUUGGGCUUCCAGUUCAUGCCUGCCUGCGUGCAGAAGCCUGAGGGGCUUCCUCCCAUCUCAGAUGUGGUACUUGACAAGAUUAACCAAAACAAGCUGCCCCUGCGGCAAGUGGACCCACGGGUCAUCUCCAGAGGCCCAGACUUCACUCCAGCCUUCGCAGACUUUGGCAGGGUGAUUCCUGGAAGUAGAGGCGCGCCGCUCCUGAAUGUAGGCUUGAGACGGCCUCCUCCCCGCAAGAUCAUCACGAAUGUGUCUGUGAAUGAUGAGGUGCAGCUGAAGAAGGCUGAGAAUGCCUGGAAGCCUGGCAUGAAGAGGGAGAUUGUCCCAGAGGACCCCGAGACCCAGAGAACUCAGGAGCUUUUCCGAAAGGUUCGCAGUAUCCUCAACAAACUGACCCCACAGAUGUUUAACCAGCUAAUGAAGCAGGUGACUGACCUCACCAUUGACACAGAGGAGCGCCUCAAAGGUGUCAUCGACCUGGUCUUUGAGAAAGCUAUCGAUGAACCCAACUUCUCUGUGGCCUAUGGCAAUAUGUGUAGCUGCCUGGCUACGUUAAAGGUGCCCAUGGCAGACAAGCCCUCCAGCACUGUGAAUUUCCGAAAGCUGCUGCUGAACCGCUGUCAGAAGGAGUUUGAGAAGGACAAAAUGGAUGACGAUGUCUUUGAAAAGAAACAGCGAGAGCUGGAAGCAGCUUCAUCAGCCAGUGAGCGGGAGAGACUGCAGGAGGAGUUGGAGGAGGCGAAGGACAAGGCCCGCAGAAGAUCCAUCGGAAACAUCAAGUUCAUUGGGGAGUUGUUUAAACUACGCAUGCUGACAGAAGCCAUCAUGCAUGACUGUGUGGUGAAGCUGCUGAAGAAUCAUGAUGAGGAGAGUCUUGAGUGCCUCUGUAGACUCCUCACCACAAUCGGGAAGGACCUGGACUUUGAGAAAGCCAAGCCUCGAAUGGAUCAGUACUUCAACCAGAUGGAAAAGAUAGUGAAGGAGAGGAAGACUUCAUCACGCAUUCGUUUCAUGCUCCAAGAUGUCAUCGACCUUCGACUGCAUAAUUGGGUGUCGCGUAGAGCUGACCUGGGCCCCAAGACCAUUGAGCAGAUCCACAAAGAGGCCAAAAUCGAAGAGCAGGAAGAGCAGAGAAAGGUCCAUCAGCAGCUGCUGUCCAAGGACAAGAGGAGACCAGUACUGCAGAGAGAGGAGACCUGGAACACUGUGCCUGUACCUAAGAACAGUAGGACGAUAGACCCCAGCAAGAUCCCCAAAAUCUCCAAGUCAACAAUAGAUGAUAAGAUUCAGUUGGGGCCCCGAGCACAGCUCAACUGGAUGAAGGGCAGCAGUGGAGGAGCUGGAGCUAAGGCCAGUGAAUCAGACGUCUUGCGCCCCAGUGCCAGCAGUCUGAACCGUUACUCACCCCUGCAGCCCUCGGCCCCAGCAGUGGCGCCCACUUCCUCUGCUGCGUCAGACUUUGACUCGAAGAGAAGCCUAAGCAGUCGUGGAAGCUCAGGACGAGAACGCAAUGAUAAGCCGUUGAGUUCAGGCCCCUCACGGCCAGGGCCUCCCUCUGUGGGUGGAGCUGGUAAGGAGGCCCCUGAGGAGCCUCCACAGGAGGAGGUACACAAGGAGACACAUGUCUCCGACAUGCCUAAACUGCUGCCCAGCACAGCCAGCAGGAGCAAACUGGAGCGCAGCCAAUCCAGGGAAUCUGUAAAACUUGAAGCAGCGUCAGGCUCUGCCACAGACAAGCCUGCGCUGUCUGAGGAGGAGAUGGAGAAAAGGUCCAAGUCCAUCAUUGAUGAGUUUUUGCACAUUAAUGAUUACAAGGAGGCCGUGCAGUGUGUGGAGGAGCUGGAGCAGGCCUCGAUGCUGUAUGUGUUUGUGCGGGUGGGUGUGGAAUCCACACUGGAGAGGAGCCAGAUCACGCGAGACCACAUGGGCCAGCUGUUCCAUCAGCUGCUGCAGGCUGGGAGCCUCUCCAAACCUCAGUUCUUUAAAGGGUUCUCAGAAACCCUUGAGUUAGCAGAUGAUAUGGCCAUUGACAUUCCCCAUAUAUGGCUGUACUUAGCGGAGCUGGUUAAUCCUGUGCUCCGAGAAGGAGGAAUCUCUAUGAGAGAAUUAUUUAGUGAAUUUAGCAAACCAUUACUCCCUGUGGGAAGAGCUGGGAUAUUAUUUUCUGAAAUAUUGCACCUUCUAUGCAAACAAAUGAGCCAUAGGAAAGUGGGGGCCUUAUGGAGGGACUCUGGGUUAAGCUGGUCUGAUCUCCUCCCUGAAACGGAGGAUGUGCAGAGCUUCGUCACUGAGCAGAAACUAGACUUCACUCUUUCUGAUUGCUCAAGUCCGGCUGAUGCGGUCUCUAAGAGAACGCUCUCGCCUGAGGAACUGAACAAGCAACUUGAAAAGCUUCUCCUGGAAGACAUGGCUAGUGAUGAACAAAUCUUCGACUGGGUAGAGGCAAACCUAGAUGAAUCAGAAAUGAGUUCACCUCCCUUCCUCAGAGCUCUGAUGACUGCUGUGUGCAAAGCAGCAGUAAAAUCGGAGAAAUCCUCUUGUAGAGUGGACACGGCCAUUAUUCAGAAGCGAUUGCCUGUAUUACACAAGUACCUUAACUCGGACACGGAGAGACAGUUGCAAGCACUUUAUGCACUUCAAGCAUUGAUAGUAAAACUGGACCAGCCUCCUAACUUGCUCCGGAUGUUCUUUGACUGUUUAUAUGAUGAAGACGUGAUCUCGGAGGACGCCUUCUACAAGUGGGAAUCUAGCAAAGACCCAGCUGAGCAGCAAGGCAAGGGCGUGGCCAUCAAGUCGGUGACGGCCUUCUUCACCUGGCUACGGGAGGCUGAGGAGGAGUCCGAGGACAAUUGACGAGAGGGAAAAACGGACACAUUUGCCAACAUGUGCUGAAAGACAAUAGUCGCUGACACAAUAACUGCAUCUUCUAAAACGAAACGUAAUACAAGCAAACCUUAUGCACCAAUGGGAAGAAUGGAGUGCGUCAGUGUGAAUGGUACGGUUCACUGACAUACAGCGACGUGAUGACUUAAAAUUGCUGGAGCACUAAAAAGAAUACAUGUAUUAUUUAUAGUAAUAUUUCAUUUAAGUUUUUAAUUUUUUUGUUACUUUUUAAGAGAAAAGACUUAAUACAAUUAUGUGCUACAAAGAAACAAAACUUUGAAAAAGUUCAGACUCUAAUUUAUGGGUUCUUUUUUUGUUUUGUUUUUGUUUUCUAAGAACUGCAAACAAAGGUGUAUAACAUUUUGCAGAUGGUCAAGAGGCAUUGGUGGAUAUAGAAAUAAAUAAAUAAUGUUAAUAAUUCUAUUAAUAUAAUAAUGGUAACAGUUGUGAAAGAGCCUCCCUGACUUUCAGAUUGUUCGGUUAAGGACAAAAACGCUUCAUGGGGGGAUUUAAAAACACAGUCAGGGUUCUAGAGAGGAUUGACGUGGUCGUACGUCAGAUGUUCAAGGUUAUUUCAAUAACCAUACCAAUUUUCCUUCUGCUUUAGCUUGCUCUAUGUGGAAACAUAUAAUCCGGCAGAACUAUGCAUUCAGGAGACUGCUGAGAUUACAGUCAAAACAAGAACUUUGAAUGGAAUUAAAUGAGCAAAUGGCAACUUGUACAAAAACACUAAAGAGAUGUUGCUGAACCUAAAGUGCUUGUAAUUCUUCAUACUGAUAGAGCAAAUUUAAAGCUUGUAAAUAAAUUAAAAACAAAAAUGAUACAUGAAAAAACAAAUCAAGGUGACUUGUCACUAUUUCUACACCUUCAGUGGUCUCAGAACAGUAUUUGUGCUGCUGGAAUCCAAUCGCAGUUGUCUCCCAGGCUAAUUUACAUGUAAUAUUACAAUGUGAAUAUUGAAUUCUCCCAAGUUUAAAUUUUCUAAGAGUAUGUUAAUGACUAGUGAAAGGUAUUAUUGUUAGUGCCUACAGUGCAACAGUUCUUUUGUCUGAAGGGUUCACACAAUGUAGACACUGUAGAGUAUCAUCUAGACCAGACCUGUCAUAGGUUUGGUCCUCAGGCCUGUGAAGACAUUCAUUUUGGCCACCAAAAAGUUACUCAAACCCCACCCCUGCAUCCACUGAGAGA